ACUCGCGGCUAGUUAAGUGAAUAGACGUGUAUUGUGUUGCGCGCGCACAUCUACUCACAGCGCUUGCGUCACUGCACAGUAUAAGUAAAAUUAUAAGAGGAAACAUAAUGCUUCGGUCACCAAGUGGAGAACAGUAUUCCUCGCAACCGAAUCUCACGGAGUCAGGCUUUAAUAUAACAAAACGAAAACGUAAACAGACUGACGACUACGCAGAUUUACGAAAUGAUUUAACUGAAAUGUUUAAAACGUGGUCCGAGCAGCAAGACGCUAAACACAAAGAAUUAAUUGAGACUAUUCUUGAAUCGAAGAAACAAAAUGAAGAAAUUAAAAAUAUUUUGCAAGAAAAAAAUAAAGAAAUAGCUGAAUUAAAGUCUCAACAAGAAACUUUAAUCAUCAACCACACAAGUGCCUUAAAUAGAAUCGAUACAUUGGAAAAGGAAUUAGAAGAGUUUAAAAGAAGUCAACGCCUGAAUAUAGUUGAAAUUAGCAACCUUCCCAAGUUAAAACAUGAUGACUUUAAUCAAAUUAUUAAAAAAUUACACACUGCAAUCAAAGUACCAUAUGACAAUAAUUUGAUAAAAAAGACUCACAAAGCUAAAUUUGGGCAAAAUAAAUUGAUUGUCGAAUAUAAAGAUGUUGAAGUGAAACGGAAAGUACUGAAAGCUGUUAAAGAUUACAAUAAGAAUACUAUUGACAAGCUUAACAGCGAAACGCUCGGGCUAGAAACUGAAAAAAUGCCGAUAUAUGUUUCAGAAUCACUGACAAAUACGGCUAGAAGGCUAUAUUUCUCUGCCCGCCAACUUGUUAAAAAUGGCAUGUAUCACUUUUGUUGGAUUUCUGAAGGUAAAAUCUUGAUGAGGGAAAAGCAAGGAGCCCCAGCUAUUCACAUUCAAACCAGUUUUCAGCUUGAACAACUAAAAGCGAAGUCUUCACAGGCAUGACUAUAUUUCAUAAUAAGUUUAUCAUUUCUUAAUUG